CUGCGCUGUAUAUAAUACCUUCCUUCGGGUCUACGCGCCUAUAUCCUGUGUACGUGGCUAGGGUUGGAAUGGAAUUCUCGAAUAAUAGCUUGUGUAGCCUGAGUUUGGUGUUGAACUUGAGUUGUGGGCGCCAGGAUGAUCUGCACACUCGCACGUGCUAGCGGGGAAGAGCGUCCAUGUGUGCUGCUUAGACCGCUCGCCAUCCUGCCCUCUGCCUUCUCGGCGACGCCGACAGGCAUUCUACUACCCUUUACCGCACUGGCUUCGCAAAUUCCAUGACAUGACCUCGGACACCUCGCCCCAGAACGCCGACCAGGACUCCUUGACGCCGACGUUGGCGCCGCACGAUCACCUCGCGUCCGCCACCCCCGACGACGAGCGUAAGGACUCUGGCACGGGUGCUUCCCCGCUGUCAAGGAGCAGCGCGGAUGAGCGAGAGGAGGAUCAGGAGGAGAAGCGGACGGAUGAACCAGAGGAGUCAGCAGCCACCCGGCGCCUAUCCCAUCUCCCCAGCCCGCCCUUGACGCGCACGAACACGCGCGAAUCCACCUCUUCUACUCGCCGCCAAGAGCCCGAUGCAGACGAGAAGACCGGGGACUGGCACCCGCUGCACGACGAUGCGAGGAGUGCGGUGAACAAGGAGGCCUCGCGACCAGACCUGACUGUGAUCGUUGAGGACGGGGAGCAGGUCGUGGACUCGCAAGGCCGGCUGCUCUUUCCGGAUGACACCAGCUCUGUCGGCGCGGGUACGGAGAAGCCUGUCGCUGGUCGCCGGACGUCGCACUUGCACCUCGACCUAACGCGGAGUCGUGAACCUCAACCAUGGGACCUCGUCGAUCCACCAGAGACGGACGGGAAGUCGUGGGGCGCAACCCCGCGCGAGUUUGGCACGAGGCGCAGUGGUGCGAACACGUCUCGUCCUCAAAUACCUCGCUCGGCCUACUUCACUGGCCCACCCCCGCCAGACGCGGCCUUUGGGACGGCGCCCGUAGGGCAGAUCGGGCUUCAUCACCCCCGCGAGAUCGUCCGCAUAGAGCGCGACUAUUCCGGCGGCGAGCUCGUCCAGUUCGCGCCGAUCUAUCCGUUGGAGCUGGAGGGCCGUAUAACGCCAACGCAGUUCCUGGAGUCCAUUAACGCGAUCAAUGAGCUGCUGAUUCUGGCGCAUAGUACGCGGCAUGCGUUCGUGGACAACACGCUGGCUGUCUUGACGCUGCAGCUGUCGCGGCUGUUUGUGCAGUCGUACUAUGACAGGAUGAUGCGGCGGUUGAAGAACCUCAUAGACGAGCUGAACGUUGAGAUAUACAAUCCAGCAGGGCUCAACAUCCUGUGGCCGCGGAAGGUGGCCUUUUUGUUUUUGGAGAUCGAGUACUAUUAAUUAUGUCCACACGCUAUCGUUAACCUUCCCCGCGUUACCUCCCUGUCUCCGCCGCCACCGACCGCUCCUUUCCUCCCCCGCGCAUCCGCUCCCUCCCUCGGAUAUAUCUGCGCGCUUCU